CCCUCUAAUGAAAAUAGUGAAGUUUCGCCUCUGAACAGGGUGAUAAAACGCUUUCAACAUUUGCACUCGAGAAAUGUUAAACGAUGUUCAGUGAAAUGUUGAGAGCGUUUUAACGGGGCUUAACUUGUGCGACAAAGGCUAACUUGUAGUAAGUCAAAAUUUGUUUUGAGGAUAUCCAAUUUAUCCUCGUGAUGUUGAUGAAUAUGAGGACCAUAUAACUGAUCUGUUUAAAAUUUCGAAGCUGCUAGCAAAGUUUUUUGAUAACAUUUGUAUGACAUUUUCAUAACAGAAAAUGGCCAAGGGUAUUUUUAAAACAUUUGUGCUUCAAAUUUCUAACAAGCCCCCCUUUCUGAUAAGCCCCGCUCCCUUUCAAGCCUGAAAAACAAAUAAGCCCGCAGGGGCUUAAUAGAGCUUUUACAGUAAACGUCUGCCACCCUGGCUAACUUCGUGCAAAAAUGGUGAAGAAUGGGAUAUUUGUUGACGUUGUUUUAUUUUGUUGACGUUGUUUUAUCUUGUUGCGUUAAUUUACAGCCAUGAUUUGAUAAUGAUUUAUGUUCUUGAAUUCUAGAUGUGAAUCUAUGUUUUUGACGUUGAUUUAUAUCCUUGAUCCUUAAUAUUUUCUUGAACCUGGCAUGAUUUCUCGAUUUUGUUGAAAAAUCCAUUUUCUUGAAUUUUGCACCAUUUGGCCUACCAUAUCCGUUGUCUUUAUCUGCCGUCCCUGGCUUUGUAAAUACAUUAUCUUGUUGUUGAAAGUCUACAUCACAUGCCAGAUAUUGACCGCUACAGGGCUAUUGAAUUCAGAAGUCUUACUUAAUUGGCUUUGUUUCAUGUGACCAGUUCACUAUAUGUUUCGCCUUUAUGUUCCAUCUACCCCAUGGGUAUUUCCCAUACUCAAAAUAACCAGAGUGAGAAAGAGGCCAGGGUUUUUCCGGGAAUUAGUUGUAAACAAAGAAUAGCACACGUCGGCAUGAAUUAUUUAAGUAUAAAUCCAGCUGAGUUAGCAUGGUUUUGGAUUGACUGUGAAGCUCGACUGAGACUGGAAUGGCCUACUGCUUCUUUUUAAAAUAAAAGCCAUAACUGUUCAAUCCAAAGCAACAUGAAUACAUUUUCACUGAAUGGAGAGCUUGACAAGACUUUGGGAUAUGCAAAAAAAAUAUCUCAUGUUGUGGACAAAUGGCUCACAAAUGGCUUACUUCCAAACUUAGAAGAUUUGAAGGAAUUAAAGAGCGACAUUCGUGAAAUAGAGCGAGGACUGGAAUCAACUAGGGAUGAAAUCCAACAAAGAGAGCGUCUAGGAUCGGCCAGCUCAUGGAAAAGCAUCAAUGGUGACGAGAAUAAUUUGACAACAAUCAAACAGAAAUCCUUGAAAAAAUGGAGUUUUAUUGGAAAGGGGGCUUUUUCAGCUGUUUUCCUGGCAAAAUACAAAGGAGCGAAUGUUGCUAUAAAGAUUCUUCAGCCUGAAAAGAUUGGUACUGAUCAUGAAGAAACAUUUUUAAAGGAAAUGGAUCUUACAAGAAUUUUAAGACACGGCAACAUUGUCGCAUUUCGUUACGAAGGAACAAUUAAAGACCAGUUGAAUAUCGACACCUGGCAUCUGCAACAAGAACAAAGAUUCUUCGUAAUGGAAUAUGUACCAAGCAACUUGACAAAGUACGUCAUGAGUCGAUCGACCCAUGAAGAAAAGGGGUUGCCUGACAGCAUCGCUUGGAAUUUCGCUGCACAAAUUGUUUGCGGGUUGGCGUAUUUGCAUGAUUUGAAUGUCGCACACAGAGACAUCAAGCCUGAUAAUAUAUUGAUCUACCCAGAAAGUAGAAUAUUGAAGCUUGGUGAUUUUGGUGAGGCAUACAUGAAGCAUCGUAAAGAAGCCAGCAAUUACCUCUGUCCAAGAUAUGCUGCUCCCGAAAUGUGGACAUACUUCGACGAAAAUCCACUUAGUACCGAUCUCGAUCAAGAUUUCACAGAGAUGUUUCUAAGAGCUGAUGUGUAUGCAUAUGGGAAUACAGUUGCGUUUUGCGUCCUGGGUAUCAGGCCGUGGCAUACCGACCGGACGGAGGUAAUCAACGCGACGGACUGGGACUCGACGCGAGCGAAAAUCGAAUUGCCAAAGCAGAGACCGGACGGCGAUCCGCUGAAGGAACUAAUUAUGAAUUGCUAUGAAAAUGAUCCGGGAAAACGACCGGCCAGUGCGGCUGUCGUAUUGGACACGUACUUCUCAGAUGACGUAAACCCAUAUGAAUCAAAAUCAGUGGACACAGACUUUUUCACUUUUGGUUUUCUUGAAGACACAAAACUCUAUAUCGCAGACAGCCUAGUGGAAGAGAGGGACGAAGAGAAAAGCAAAAACCAGCAGAGGAAAUACUCUCUAGAAAGCCUAAUGUGUAGAUUAACACUAGAAAAAGAUGAAAACCUGCCUGAACAAGACCAUGAAUGGGAUUAUUAUCAAUUCUAUUGCGAGAAAAGAAGAGAAUUUAAUGAGCUUACAAAGUCCGGAGAGAUAAAGAAAGACACUUCAGUGGCUCUGAAGAGCCUGCAAAUUCCUCUGAGAACAGAUGGAAGCAAUCAUUUCAUUAGACUAGAAUUCACUCAAACUAGCUACGUGCACCAUCGGUCAUUGCGAGCUGUUUGGCGGGAAAUGAUGACGUCAGAUGAAAAACUCUCUGCAGUGCCAUGCAAAAGGAUUGUUAAUAGUAGCUUCAGCACCUCUUUUGGCCUACAUUUGGCUGUCAUCACUACUGACAGAAAGGUCCUGUUUUUCCAGAGGGAAAACACAGGCACCAAUCCGAGUCGAGGUGGCCUCCCAGGGCCACACUUAUUCACCUGCACAGUUACAAAAAGUCUUUACAAAGAAAGUUACGUCGAGAAAGACAAUGAAACAUUUGUAUCACUCCUCCACAGUGCUGCUUUUUGUCUUAACGAAGAACUUGGAAUCAAGCUUAAUAAGGCAGAACAGGAGGCAAUCCAUUUCCACACAGUGUAUUUGAAAUUCGAUAACCACGAAUGGGGCAUGUGUGCAUAUAUAGACCUGGCGGACGCCCGGAUUGCCAAGCCUAGACGUCUUAAGAGUAGUCAGAUACAAACCCAGUACACGGCGGCGAAGAAGACCAAGCACAACCGACUCUUCUCUGUCCAGUUCGAUCCCUAUGCAGUCGCCGACUUUGUCCGUGCUAACCUUAUUGAAAUGGCAAGUUCCACGAAAAUGGUUGUAGUGAAAACUUUGAAAGCAUUUUUCAGCAGAUCUACCGUAGAAGAUGCUUUUAAAGAGAAGUAAAACACCCCGGACUGUGCCUAGCACACAUUUUAGAUAUAUUUAUAGGUAACUGCCUAAGCGUAUAACUGCAAAGGCAAGUUAACCUUCAGUCGAGGCUAUUCAAAAUAGUUAAGCAAAACAUAGUUACAAACUAUGAGCAAAACAACUGUUUUGUAUUCAAUAUUAAAGCACUAAAAGACGAUGUAAUUGGAUUUGCGUAUUCUAGCUGACUAUGAAGCAUUUAAUUGACUCGUCUUUUGUUUGACGUUGGAUUCGUGGAAACCGAUUGAAGCCUCAAAAUUAUGCGUAGCGUAGUUUACUAAAAAUUAUACUAAAAAUUGUGACUAUUAUAAUUUUCAUUCAAGUAUUACUCGUAAUGUGCAUACAGUGAAAGGCCACGGUAGCAGAAUCGAGUUGUGUAAGUCACUAAAUUAGUUUUAUUCACGAAAUAUGUUCAUGCUAACUAUAGGCCUCGUUUUUCAUUUUGGACGUCUUUGGUCAUGUUUAGCCUUGUAGUGGUGUCCGAAGAUUGUCAAGCUGUAGUAUAUUUAUUUUAUAAUAGUGUACUGAAAGAAAAGGAAUACAAUGGGCACCCACGAAAAUAAAGAAAGACGUCCACAGAUAUUAUUCUUGCCUGUUCACAUCGCUGAAAGUAUAAACAAAUCCGUACAAUUGUGAUAUUUGGACCGAGUCAGAGUGUAAACAAGUAUCAAAAACAACACAAACCUUUAAAAUUUCACCAAGCAGGGUCUUCAACACACUGUGUCAACUUCAUUGAAGAGCAACGCUUCAAUAUUUUAUUCUUAUGUACGCGUCCUAACUCAUAAUAUUUGGCCAUAAAACUUCCCUUAUAGUGGACGUGCGUUCGGACUGAAGACUCUUGCAAAUGGCGCGAAAUCAUCGCAAUCCCUGGCCUUGGUAUAAUGUAUUAACUUGGGACGUUACUUCAAUUCCCUCUCCACAGUUAAUCAUGCGCAACAUUUCCCCAAGGGACUAAAAACGCACAACUUAUGUCCACAAUUAAUUUGCAUGCUAGAGUGAAUAAAGGCUGUCAUCUUUAUGACGAAACAAAGUAGCAGAAUUUUCGUAAUAUCCCUAAGAUAGGCUGUUUAAGGCCGAUUUCCAGUAGGCGAAUUCUUUUGCGCGAAUCGACAUUUUGCCAAUGUGAGCAUACGUGGGGUAAUGUUCUCAAAUCUCGCAGCGAAAAAAUUCGAUUCGCAGAAAGUAGAUCACGUUCCUAUUCUAUCGCUACGAAUACUUAUUCGACUCGCGCGAAAGAAUUCGCCUAAUGGAAAUCGGCCUUAAAAAGGCUAUAGUUUGCCCCACGACAUUUCGUACAAGCCACUGCGCCCCCAGCCAUUAACCCUCAGCCUCUGUGCCCAAGCCUUGUUAUGUGCCGUGCGAUUACUGCUAGCAAAUUGAUGGACUUCAAUUUCUGUGAAAAUAUUCAAAUCUUGUGUGCAAAAUUAACAAAGCAGCACGUUACCCAAGUAAAUUGUAAUAAGGAGUUUAAAGGGGACUACCCCAAGUACUCCAAGAGGGGGUUAGUAUUUAUUUAAGAUUUUAGAGUAGACUGAACAUAAUUCAAGGUAGCAUAGAGGGACUCCAAAAUGAAUUUGACUUAUGCAUUCUUAUACAUUUUUAUUCAAGUUCAUUCAACAUCAAGGGCAACAAAAUAAUUGAACAAAAUCGAAACAGCAAUUUACUGCAGUUUUUCAAGAUAAGUAAGUAGUUAAAUACGUAAAACCAAAGUUAUACAAAAAUAAAAUGGCUAACGCACCAGAAAACAGUUUUGCAACGUACAAUAUUUUACAGAAAAUUGCUAAAAAGUCUAGUUGACACGAGGAUAUUCAAGCUGUGUUAAAUAAACCAUUAUGGUUUUAUAAAGCAGAAGUCUAUGAAGCUUUGCUUAAUCUAAUUUAAGUUUAAAAACAACAUUGAGCUGAGAAUAGAUGUUUUUUGGAUGGCCUAAACAGUCGUUGCAAUGCUUUAGCUUAGGCCAUGCGGGUGACAAGUUUUAAACCUACGCAAAAGGGGGUGUACUGUAAACGUUAGUUAGAAGUGAAAAGUAUUUCUAAGGUUAUUAGGGAGAGAAGUCGGAAUACAGCAUGUAAAAGGCUU